AUCAACUUUGUGAAUAGUAUCAAAGUUGAAGGAAGAUUAUCAAAAAUGGAUAACUAUACACUUGUGCUUGGAUCAACUUUGGCCUUGAGUUUUCUUUAUAUUAUUAUAGCAAAAAUAUGUUGUAGAGGCAACAAAAAACUUCCACCAGGGCCAUCACCAUGGCCAAUUAUUGGAAAUUUUCAUUUGUUAGGUACAAAACCUCAUAGAUCACUAGUCAAUCUUGCACAAAUAUAUGGUCCAAUUAUGAGUUUGAAAAUAGGACAAACAACAAUAGUUGUCAUUUCUUCAUCAGCCAUGGCAAAACAAGUUCUUCAAAAGCAAGACUUAGCAUUUUCCAAUAGAUUUGUCACUAAUGCCCUUCAAGCACAUAACUAUUCCAAAUUUUCUGUGGCAUGUCUUCCUGUUUGUCCUCAAUGGCAAAAACUUAGGAAAAUAUUGAACACGAAUGUCUUCUCUUCCAAUAAGCUUGAUGCAAAUGAACAUCUAAGGUCUCAAAAGGUGAAAGAGUUGAUUGCUUAUUGUGCAAAAUGUAGUCAACAAGGUAAAGCUUUGGAUAUAUGUCAAGUUGUUUUCAAGACUAAUUUCAAUUUGAUGUGCAACACCCUUUUCUCCAAAGACUUGGCUGACCCUUUUUCGGAUUCAAAGGUUGAGUUAAAGGACAUGAUAUGGGACGUCAUGGAAGAGGCUGGGAAGAUUAACCUAGCGGAUUAUUUCCCUAUACUUGAAAAUAUUGAUCUUCAAAGAAUAAGGUAUCGCGUAAACAAUCAUUUUGGUAAGUUGUUUAAAUUCUUAGAUGAUUUGAUCAAUGAACGAUUAGAGGAAAAACAAAGGAGUCAUGGCGAAAAGAGUGAUGUUUUGGAAGUAUUAACUCAACUUCAGUGCAGAAAAUCUCAAAGAGAUCAAUAAAAAUCAUAUAAAAUCAAUGCUCAUG